AUGCCUUCUCGUUUAAUUGACCAGCGUUACAAGAAAGGCGAAGUGGUCACAACUCCCGGGGGUAUUAGGAAAAAAUUCAAUGGAAAACAAUGGAGAAGACUUUGUGGCAAAGAAGGAUGCAAUAAGGAAUCACAAAGACGUGGAUUCUGUUCGAGGCAUUUAUCAUUGAAAGGAAAGGCAGCAAGAAAUGACAGUAACGUUAACACACCACUUUCAACAAAUAAUGGAACUACCGUUAAAAACAAUUGUGCUAUGGACUGGACACCACAAAAUAUUUUUACCGAUUUUCGUGGUGACGGACGAGUACGACCUAUCGAAGAAACGGAUGUGGCUAAUACUCUACUGAACCUUCGUAAUCAUCCUGGUGUUCCGAGCUUUACAACAAAUUUAGCAGAAACUUCGUUUCCCCUAUCGGCCCCGCCUCGCUUACAACAGAUAACUGCACCCGGUUGUUUGGCCCCAAAAGUACCUAGAAAUAGUGCUCCGUCUGAUCUUCUCAAUUCAUUUAAUGAAGACUGCGCAAACGAACCAGAAAAAAUUUUUAAUCGUAAUGCUCUUUCUUUAAAUGACGCCUCUUCAAUUUCUUGCGGUUCAUCAGCAGAAAAUAGCCCUUGCGAAACUAAAGUUUUACAUCCGCAGGAUCUUCUCCCUAUGAUUUCAGUUCAGAAGAAUUCAAAAAAGUUUUAUUCAAUGGACAACAAACCGGAUCCAGUAGCUGCAGGUCUCUCGCCAGGAAUCCCAUUCUUUCUUACUCAAAAUUUCGCUCUUUGGGAAACAUUUCGCCUGUUAUCAUCAAAUGCUGAGUACAUGAACAAAAACGGCAUCGGUAGCAACUCGGCAGCUGCAACAACAAUCGCAGACAUUGUGAACGAUUCAAACAAUAACGACCGUGACAGCCUAUCACGCGGUGAAAAUAUUGAAAGACAGGAUGAGGAUGGUCGAAAUGAAUGCGGCAUAACCAAAUCUGACGCAUCAACGGCUUCUAACAUUGAAAAUGCUGCAGAAGUUAGUGAGGAUGGGACUAUACAGGAGACUUCAAUUCCAAAAUCAUUGCUCUUCCGGAAAGGUGAACUUUUACAUGCAAUUAUUAGCGAAGACGAAGAUACAUCCUCGUCACAAAAUAUUAAAACCGGUGAUACUGAUGAAGAGAGUAGUGCUGCUACACUAGGGGCAAUUAAGAAAGAAUCAAAAUUACGUCCAACAGUUCCGUGGCACAAGCUAGUGCCGCAUUUGCAAAUGAAAGUUUCUGAGGGUGUCGGUAAAGGAGGAAGCGACAGCAAUUCAAAUGUUGCACAGAAAAAUAGCCAAAAUGGACUUGGUUCGUCUGCAUCUAGCCCGGAUAAGAAUGGAAAAGGUAAUGGGUCAACUUCAAAUGAUGGUCAUUUAAAUACUGGAACCGUUGAGACCAGUGGACAAGUAUUAUCGCAUACAGUCACUGAUACUGCAAUGCAACUAAAUCUUGGUGGCAGUUUUGUGAACAGCAAUGGAAACUUGUUGAGUCAUGCAGACGUAUCAGCUGCAGGCAAUAUUAAAAGCAUGGCAAAUUUAACUAGUAGCUCGUACUGGGAAUCUUCGGUAGACACUUGCAAAGAUACUAAAGGUACAAAAAACCGAAAACCUUUUGAGGACUGCACUUACAGUGGCAAGAGAAAAAGCGACUGCACAGAUGCUCCUGAUUUUGAAUCGUUUGAAGGAAAUGGUGAUAGCGAGGCGCAAAAUUUGAGUGAAAAUCCGUCGAAUUUCCCAAUCAAUGAAACUGUUGGCGAUUGCGAUGAUGAAAUAAUCUUGUGUGAAGACCAUGGGCUAAGAUCAAACAGAGAAUCAAGCUUAUCUAAUUUGAUUGGUCUCUUAAAGGUAGGUGAUCAUAUUCGACGCCCAAUGAAUGCAUUUAUAAUAUUUGCUAAAAGGAAUCGCCCGCUAGUUCAGGAAAGAUGGCCGAACCGGGACAACCGGGCUGUUUCAAAAAUACUCGGUCAGUGGUGGUAUGCUUUAGGACCCGAAGAGAAGAGGAAAUAUCACGAGUUAGCGACCCAGGUAAAAGAAGCACAUUUUCGAGCACAUCCUGGAUGGAAAUGGUGUAACAGAGAGAGGAGGAAAAUAUCUAGUGAAAGCAGAAAAGAAAAUGAAGAUAUUUUUCUUUCUCAAGAAGUUCAUUAUCCGGUACUGGCAUUAGCCGAGAAGCUUGAGGAUGACUCCGUUAGCACGUCUCGCGUGUUACCUUCUACCGUGAAAACCGAAGAAUUGAAUUUGAAACAAUUCUCUGCUCCCUUUGUAAAGGAUGGUCCUCUGAAAUCUCCUGCACGUGCUAUGGAAAUCAGAUCUCCUUGUCUCCAAUCAGAAGCUACCGGAAACUCACCAAAAAUCUAUGGCUGUUCUGCAAGCUAUAAUAGCGAAUUUGAGCAUAUGGUUCCGGCUUCACAGGAGAAACAGCAGUGCAAUGUUGGUGGAUUUUUAGCGGAAAGCGGUAAUCCUUUGGUGAAGACUGAAGAAAAAACUUAUUUGGAAAGCUCUGCGACUCAACCUUAUCUUGCUUCAAAAACUCUUAAAGUCGAAAAGGACUGUCACAGUGAAGAAUCAGUUAUUGAAAAAUUUGUUUUAAUGCCGACACCAGCACAAAGAGGUAUUGUGAAAGAACGACGAAGGACGUAUGAAGAUUACAGUGAAGCAAAAAAUUUUGAGGAGAGCAGUCGUCUAGAAACCGGUAGUGAUCAAACUGGUGAAAAGGUGCCAGAGAACAGUUCAUUGGGGUGUGAAAAAAAUAGUGCAGACGCUAAUAUUCUUGUAGAAAAGGCCUGCAAAGAGUCUAAAGUGAUGCUAAAAAGUCCUACAAAAAAACUUUUCAAGAGAAAUGAUGAGAAUAUGGACCGCGUUCUUAAUCAGCUCGACUUUGAAGAAAAGUUUGCUUGUUUGCCUGCUUUUUCACCAGAAGAUACUAUAAAAGUUUCGGGAGAUGCCUACAGUGCUUUACAGAACACUUAUUUCUUUGGUGCAAAUUUCAGUCCGUCAGCUGUUUACAAUUCCAUAAGACAAAGUAAGGAGGACCUGAAGAAGCCUUCUUCGUUAUACAGUCCUCAAACACCGUCAGAGAAAACUGGUGAGAAGUCAGUAAACAGGAAGCUACUGGAUCAUAAACGCCAGUUAAUAGUUGAAUUUUUAGAGUCUUACGGGAUGUUUCCAUCUGGGCACUCAGUAUCUGCAUUUCAAAGCAAAAAUAAGCAGUAUUUUCCAAAUAAACAAAAUUUGACUUUGAAAAUACGUGAAGUUAGGCAGAAAAUGAUGGCAGUGGUACAGUCUCCGAUAACUCCAAAUGGUUGGCUUAUUAAACGUAUUGAGUUCUUCAAUUUCGUAAAGUGA